CUCCCCUCAACGCUCCCCUCCCCCUAAUCUGCCUACCCACCCUGCUACCCGCCCCGACGCCUACUCCGUAUUAUCCUGUACCUGUCGACGUCCUGAUUUCAAACCUUGACGCCAAAGCUCCUCCCGGCAAUCACCGUCAAAUGCACUGGCCCUCAACAAGACCGUUUGUCAGUUUGACGCUCUCAAAGUCAGUCUGACUUGGACCACUCAAUUCAGACACUAUAUUUGUCUCUUUACCUGAUCAUUAUGCCCUUCCACCUCCCCCGACACCAGCACACACUCUCCGAUCCAGAGUCCCUUCAGGACAGUUAUUACUCUCAUAAUUCCAACGCCUUCUACCCCCCAAACCAGACCCUGAGUUCAGUCCCCCAAUCCGAAGGCCACUGGAACGACCAACAACAACACCUCCAACAAUCACCACAUUUUCCCGUGUCCAGCCAACAUCCUUCCAUACCCACCACCUCGUCCGACCAGGCACAAACUCGCCCCUAUCAACCAUUACCCAACUCAAAUCCCGGCACGAAUGGCACCGGCAAUGGCACCGUGAUUCCAUUUCGUCUGGCACCAUCCCAAUAUCAAGACCAAACACCCGCACAAUACUCGACCCCUUCCUCCUCCCUGCGACGUUCUUUGACUACUGCUCGACAACCAGAAGAACUUCACUUAAACACCCCCUCUCGUUCCUCUGCCAUGAGCGACGUCCAUCAUUAUGGUGCACCGCCUGCGUACGCCGGAGACCAAGGACUAUCUAUCAAGAUCGAACCAUCCACCCCACAGCACCCUUCCAGCGUCGCAAGUAAUCCUGUCCCAGGAACACUUCAGCCGGGUCUUGCAAACAGGCCAGCUGCUCUAGCUGCUAGUAACACUGCUCCUGCUCUCCCAACACUCCCUCAACUCUCGACCUCGUUACAACAACCUCCACACUCCGCGCGACCCUCUACCCUCAGUCAUUCCCAUUCGUACUCUAGGUCCAGCCCCGGCGUCAUGGACCAACCAAAAUAUAAACCAUUCUCAAACACACCAGAGCAAGCCAAAUAUUCUUCUCCCACCGCUGGAUAUAUUUCCAAUACCCCACUUGGCCCAUCCUCCUAUUCUCCUCUUGGCCUGGCCGACAUUCGCGCUCGUGGUGAUCAGGUCUUUUCAGAUUUGCCUUUCAAUCCCACUCUCCCUCAAGAUAACGAAACCUCUCAGUACCCCCAGAACAGUCACUAUGCAGCUCCAUGGCCCAUAUACGCUGUCGACUGGUGCAAGUGGCCCCCCCGAUCAAACAACAAUACCGCCGGCAAAAUCGCCAUAGGCAGUUAUCUCGAAGACAAUCACAACUAUAUACAAAUCUUAGACGCUCAAAAGUCCCAGAUAGACCCGGACAACCCCCAUGCCGACCGCGGCCUGGACUUUGUCAAAACCGCAGAAGCUACCCAUGCAUAUCCUGUCACUCGAAUCCUGUGGGAGCCCCCGUCUUCCAAUAAACAGACCACCGACUUGCUGGCCACGUCCGGAGAUCAUUUGAGGUUGUGGUCCUUGCCAAACGAUCCACACUCGUAUCAAUCAAACAAUAUCAACAGAUCCAACAACACCAAAUCCCCCCCACUGCAAAAACUUUCGCCCCUGGCACUCUUGUCCAAUUCAAAAUCCCCAGAACACACUGCCCCAAUCACUUCACUUGACUGGAAUGUCGUCCAACCUUCUCUGAUCAUCACCUCCUCCAUAGACACCACCUGUACCAUCUGGGAUAUCCCUAGCUUGACCGCAAAAACACAGCUUAUCGCACACGAUAAAGAAGUCUAUGAUGUUCGCUUUUGUGCCAACAGUGUCGAUGUUUUCGUCUCAUGCGGUGCCGACGGUAGUGUGAGAAUGUUUGACCUCAGGAGUCUUGAGCAUAGUACUAUCAUAUAUGAACCUUCUGAAAAGCAACAGGCCAAAGACUCCUCAGACGCCCUUUCGUCUUCCCCGACUCGCGGUGGUCCCUCUUCUCUACCGUUUCCGCCACCCCUGCUCCGCAUAGCAGCCUCCCCUCACGAUGCUCAUCUUCUUGCAACCUUCAGUCAAGACUCUUCUGUCAUACGAGUCCUCGACGUCCGUCAACCGGGCCAAGCACUCCUCGAACUCAAGGGUCAUGGUGCUGCCGUCAGUUGCAUUGACUGGAGCAGCUCUCAGCGUGGCGUUCUCGCCUCUGGAGCCGAUGAUUGCUGCGUCCUACUUUGGGAUCUGAUGGGCAGCUCGGCCACGGGCAUCGGGGCUUCAGCUCCUGCGGGAGCUUCUCAAGCCACCGCAAGCACCGGGCAAGCACCAGGCUCUACUAGCCAAGAAAGGGGCCCUAGCGCGGUCUGGGAGUCGGCUUUUGAAGUCGCCAACAUCAGCUGGGCGCCAUCCAUGGGUAUGCUGGGUGUCUGUGGAGGCAAGGGCUUCUGGGGUGUGCAGUUAUGAAUCAUGGCCGCUAGCCGCUACCUGCAACUGAUGUGGUCCUUGGCACUGUCUCUCUUGGCUCGAGUAUGAACGUGGACCGAAUUUUCAUGACAUGAGAGGGUGAUGCUCAUCUAUUUUGUUCGAGAUGACAAAAUUUCCGCUGACGACAAGGAAGACAUGAUAUUAUAGAAGAAUGGACAGCGUGCAUUGUUGCUGCCUUAUAUGACAAGAUUUUCUAUUUUGG